AUGCCGACCGUCCCCAUUGUGUAUUUCGCCAUCGCUACCGGGCUGGUGUGGCUGAUGUUCCUGGUAAUGGCGGCCAUUCGAGCAUGUACGGGCGAUUACAACACCCCGCCACCGGAGGCACAUCUGCAUGCAACAGCAGCUACAGCUCCACAGAGAUCUGAAGCAGAGAAAGUCGCCAUGCUGGCCACGAUAGAUGUGCACCUUCCAGAGAUCAAGCUGGACAAGGAGGCAGGCAAUUUGUACCGGGGCAACUAUUUGCAACCGCUGAGGUACCGGUUGCUUGCCCGAUUAUUCCGACCGGAGGUGGCCGUACUUCUCAGCUUUCUCUCCCUGACCGUCUUGCUGCUUUCCACAGCGCCAGGGUCGUCAGCUCCAGAGGGCGCCGGCCAGUGGGUGCCACGCCCCGCUUUCGCCGAAAGGGGCGACCCGUCGCGAGAGGCACGGGCUUCGCAGGCCAGCUUUGACUCCUUUGGGCAGUCUGCUUCCUCUUUGGCCGCUUCCAUCAUGGCGAUGGACAGCAGGUUGGAAGCAAUGGACAGACGGCUUCAGGGUCUUAGUGCGAAUUCAUAUGCUGGAGCGCCUUCUUCGCAGGAUCAGCUUUCUGCACUGAUCCCGGUCCUGCUGGCAAACUCGCGCGGUGCACCCCAGGCUGCAGCGGCCCAGGACAACGGCUGGAGCUAUUACUCCACCACUACGACUCCUGAGUGGGAGGGGCAGAUCAAAUCCUUGAGGGAGGCGGUAGAACGCCUCUCGCAUCAGACCGAUGACCGGUUCUCAUCGCUGAUGAAGCCGCCGCAGCGCUCGGCAGGUGCUGAGCUUCCUGUUGCAGAGCAUGACAGACUGCACCAGUUCACCGUCAGAACAGUCACAACCAGGUUUCCUGUGUCCAUGCUUCCAGAAGGGGUUCGAGAAGCAGAUGCUUUGCAAGUCAUGGAGUCAGUGACGGUUGAGCUUCGUGAUGGUACUUUGGAGGUUGUGGAGCUGGGCCCCUUCGGCCCCAAGGUCCUUGCCUGGGACGGCAGCGAGGCGGCAAGCGGCAAGCACAUGUGUCAUGCCGCUUCUUUUGCCACCCGUCCUUAG